AUAUAUAAAAUCCUUUUCCUAAAUUCUAUAGUUUUAGGAACCCUUAUCUCGAUCUCUUCAUAUUCAUGGCUAAGAAUAUGAAUAGGACUAGAAAUUAAUUUGUUAUCGAUUAUCCCCCUAUUCUCGAAUAACAAAAAUAUCUUCUCGUCUGAAUCAGCUUUAAAGUAUUUUAUUACUCAGGCCAUGGCAUCUCUCAUCCUCCUAAUAGCAAUUUUAUUAUUACUAUUAACAAAUGAAUUUAUUCAUCCCCUAAUAAAUUCAAGACUAAAAGUAAUAAUAGACUCAGCUUUAUUAACAAAAUUAGGAGCCGCUCCAUUCCAUUUUUGAUUCCCCGAAGUAAUUGAAGGACUAAACUGAACUAACUCAUUCAUCCUUCUAACAUGACAAAAAAUUGCUCCUAUAAUUUUACUCAUAAAUAAUAAAAUCAACAGAAAGUUAAUUAUUAUAAUAAUCGUAAUCUCAUUAACAAUUAGAACAAUUAGAGGAAUAAACCAAAUGAGAAUUCGUAAAAUCCUUGCUUAUUCUUCUAUUAAUCAUAUUGCCUGAAUACUAUCAACGUUAAUAAUCUCUCUCUCAACAUGACUUUUCUAUUUCUUAAUUUAUUGAAUUAUUAACAUAAAUAUUGUAUUCAUUCUAAAUUCAACCAAAACCUUCUUCGUAAACCAAAUAAAUAACAUCCUUUUGAAAAAUAAAUUAGUCAAAUUUACAUUCAUAACAAACUUGCUAUCACUAGGUGGACUACCACCAUUUCUAGGAUUCCUUCCCAAAUGAUUAGUAAUUAACUGAUUAGUGUCUAAUCAACUUUCAAUAAUCGCCCUCGUCCUAAUUAUUUUCACUUUAAUCAUAACAUUUAUCUACACCCGAUUGAUUUUAUCUUCACUAACGAUUAGAAUAAGAGAAAUAAUAACAAAAACAGAAAUCCCCAACAAUAUUGCAAUUAUUUUUAUUAAUACAAUCUCGCUACUAGGACUAUUAUUUUGCACUUUCUCAUUUAACUUAAUGU